AUGUCUGGACCUGUUGCAUCGAAUCUCGUCCUGCUGAGCGACCUGAAGACGACUGCACAUGGGACCAAGGUCCGUAUCCUGGGCUGCGUUGAUGAGUAUGUGGUCCAGACAGCGACCCUUCGACUGAAGCACAAUUACCCCGCAGCCAGCUCCGCAGAAGUUGCGAAUGUCGAUAUCAUUCAUGUUCUGGAACGCAUCAAGAGUCGUGAGAUGGAAGUUGGCACCUGGAUCAACGUGAUUGGCUAUGUCGAGCGGCGAAAAGACAAAGGAGUGUUUGUGCAAGCCAUCGCAGUCUGGGACGCCGGGAAUAUCGACUUGAGCGCAUACGAGAAGGCUGCCGAAGCUAGGAAGGCCGCUGCAUGA